CGCGCGCCGCACUGGUCUUCCAGCUUCCGCGGCGGGAGGGACAGACGCAAGCCGAAGCCGCGCGGGCACCCUGCUGCGCCCCCCGCUGCCACCUCCGCGCUCGGACGCGCUCCCGCCGACCCUCCCCGCGCCCCGCCUAGGGCCAUUUGCAAGAACGGACGAUCUACCUCUAACGCACCCUCCUCUUCGCCUGACGACCACCCUCUCGGCAUAAUUUUUAAGCUCCCCGCGGGGUGAGUGGAAACGCGCGCACGUUCUCUAGACCCGGCUCCCCAGCCCAGACCCAGACCCAGACGAUCCGGAGAAUCUGUGCGGUGACCGGCAGGGGGGGCGGGAGGAGAGAGCCAAGUCGACUCUCCCGGGCUGCCGGCGACUUCGCGAGCCGCGCGCCCCGCGCCCCCGGCCGCCCCCGGCCGCUCGCCCCCGCCGCGCCGCCGCCGCCGCCGCCCUCGCCCCGCGCGCGCCCUCGGGCCCCGGCGGCCGCGGAAGGCUGCGGGACGCGCGCAGCCCGAGGAGGAGGCACAGCCGCGGGCCGAGCCGUAGCCGGAUCCGGAUCCGGAGCCGGAGCCGAAGCCCGAGCCCCAGCCCGAGCCCGAGCCGCGGGGCGGGCGCGAAGAUGCACACGACGCAGAAGGACACGACGUACACCAAGAUCUUCGUGGGGGGGCUGCCCUACCACACCACCGACGCCAGCCUGCGCAAGUACUUCGAGGUCUUCGGCGAGAUCGAGGAGGCGGUGGUCAUCACCGACCGGCAGACGGGCAAGUCCCGGGGCUAUGGAUUUGUCACUAUGGCUGAUCGGGCUGCAGCUGAAAGGGCCUGCAAGGAUCCCAACCCCAUCAUUGAUGGCAGAAAAGCCAAUGUGAAUCUGGCAUACUUAGGAGCAAAACCAAGGAUCAUGCAACCAGGUUUUGCCUUUGGUGUUCAGCAACUUCAUCCAGCCCUUAUACAAAGACCUUUCGGGAUACCUGCCCACUAUGUCUACCCGCAGGCUUUUGUGCAGCCUGGAGUGGUCAUUCCACAUGUCCAGCCCACAGCAGCUGCGGCCUCCACCACGCCAUACAUAGAUUACACUGGAGCUGCAUAUGCACAGUACUCAGCAGCUGCUGCCGCUGCAGCCGCCGCUGCUGCCUAUGACCAGUACCCCUACGCGGCCUCUCCAGCUGCUGCAGGAUAUGUCACCGCUGGAGGCUAUGGCUACGCCGUCCAGCAGCCUAUCACCGCUGCCGCACCUGGGUCUGCAGCUGCAGCCGCAGCGGCAGCUGCCGCUGCCGCAGCAUUUGGCCAGUACCAGCCCCAGCAGCUGCAAACAGAUCGAAUGCAAUAGACCAGCCACUUGAUCAAAGUUGAAUUGUUUUCUCGUUCCCUCCCAAUUUUCCAAUUUUCAGUCGCUAAUGAGAGAGUUAACAUUGACUUAACAGCUUUAAAAAAAAAAAAAAAGAGCAAUGCUAUUGUGAAGCAGAAUUCUUAUUUUUUUUAUAGUAGUGUCCUAGAUGAAAAGGAGAUGAGAGUGAGGGGCCUGGGCGCAGUUUUGGAAAUUGAUCCCAAAGAGCCUGAGUAAACAGAAAGGCUGCUCCGCAAUGAAUGACAGCCGGAGGUCUGAUGGAACUUCACUUUUGUAAUGGGAUUUUUAUUUUUGCUCUUUUCAUAGUAUCAGGGAAGCAAACUGCCUUUUACAAGUUAGAAAAUGCUAUUUGAAUCUAGUUGAACCAGGGAAUACAGAGAGAGCAAUAUGUAGCUUGAAUUACGUUUAAAAGCAGAUUUUUUUUUUCUUACAAACAAAACGGCGAACGCACUGAUUGUCAUUUUUAAGCAGUCACUACGGCCUAUAGACCUUUUUCAAGGAAGAAGGUAGUGUCCGUGCUAUCUCAGAACCGGGCAUCGAACAAUCAAUCUAGGAGCGUGGCGGUGGGUACAGUGGUGGACAGGCACCAAAGCUAUUUUCUCAUCUGUCCUGUGGACGAGUGGGACGGUGGAGCAAGUGAUGUGGAGUUAAUGGGUGCAACAGCUGUACAGACAAUCAAUAACACACACAGUUCUGGAAAGAACACAUCACUUGUGCUUGUUUGAUGAGCUUGUCACAUUCUAAUCCCUCUCCCCAUCCUGUUUCAAUUUUGGGAAACUUGUAUCUGCUGGUGUCAGCAAUUCUGAUCUCUAACCAGGAUCAGGCAUUUACUACAACAGCCUUCUCUUUCUAUUUAUUGUGUCGACUUGGGACUUGGGAAUAAAGGCAGGUGAAGUUUGCAGAUGCUAAGCCCUUAAGAACCUUCUUAAGGAUGUGUAUCCCCCCCUUUUUAAAUGAUUUUACACUUUUUAGUAUCUAUUUCAGAGUCCUAUUUAAAACUAUUUAUUAGUGAAAACAGUUCCUGAGACAACAAGGUUAUUGAGAUUACAAUUCUUCAAUGGUUAAUGAUAAUGUGGUUUAUACUGUGCCUUAAUAGUAAUGCUAUUUAAGAUAUUUAUUUUUAAGUUUUACGAUGCUGCACUCUAAAGAAAGGAACUUUAGAUGUGACGCUGUAAAAUUAUGUAUUCAUCUCAUGGCAUAAAUUAUUUAGUAGGUCUAGAUGUAGCAUAUUAAAUAUUAACCUAUUCAACUAAAGAUGUUGACUUGGAUUUAUUUAAAUUCAUAUGUGCACUGUAUAAGAGAAUACUUUUACAUUAACACAUUUUAGUUUAUUUUAGUCUUGAGUUGUUUUUUUUUUAAGCAAGCUACAUUGCUAGUUUCAUGCUUCCUUCUCUGAUUUUCGCUUGUGUAGAUCUCAUUUAUUGGUAAUUCAUCACUGUAACAACUAUUCUUAUGUAGUUUGUGUAGUUUUUAAAUGCUGCUUUACAUUUUUUCUUCCGAAACUGCAAUACUUGCAAUUUUUAUUCUUAAACUAAAUUGAAUACUAUUUUACACUGUAUUGGAUUUUUAUACUUGAACAAUUUCAUACAAGGGAAGACAGGUUAGCAUUUUUAUGGACUUUCUCCAUCGUCACUGGAUUUACUUUACGUAUUCCCAUACUAGACAGUGUUACGUAAUGUAGACAUGACUCUCUUGUGCAAAUUAUUUAUUCAUUGUGUAUAUUGCUUUAUAACAUUUCAGAUCUUCUAAUCUAUUCACUUGUAUUAAAUAUAAUUUUUAAAAACGUC